CAUCUGAACCUGCUCAUUUCAGGGGGUCUUCUAAUGAAAUGAGACUGUGACAGGUGGAGGUUGAGGAUAUGGUGAAGCCUAGCACCUCAUCAACAGCGAUACCUUUGUAGCAACUCUCUUAUGGAUUUGACAUCUAGUGGUACUCUUGCAUCUUACACCUCUCACAUGUUUCUACUUGUGAGAUUUGUCCACACCAAUGGAGAGAUCUAGCUUUUCUCUCUCCGUUUCUUCCUUUCCCAGGGAAGCUAGCAAACGACAGGCUACAGGGAGCAGCACUGCCGAACAACCUUUUUCAACAAAGAGGAAGAAAUUGCUGUGUUCAGGUCCUCACCUUUCAGCAGUGACUCUGUGAUGCAAGUUCCAGGAGUUUAUCUUUCUGUGAUAAUCUCUAUGGCUUCUUCUUGCUGACAUUUGCCCCAGUGUUGGGCCCAAAGAGGAAGGAUGCUGAAGAAUGGGUACCCCCCUUCUGGCUUUUAGAACAUGGGCACUUGUCUAAAGAUGCAGCUGUGAUCCUCGGCUGUGUGUCUCACCGAAGGGACCUGAUGUUUUACAUUAUUGGUGGGAUCACGGUAUCUGUGGUAGCUUUCUUCUUCACCAUUAAGUUCCUCUUUGAGCUUGCCGCACGUAUAGUCAGCUUCCUUCAGCAUGAGGACCGGGAACGCCGAGGGGAGCGAACUAUAUAUGACUACGUGCGAGGCAACUAUUUGGAUCCCCGGUCCUGCAAAAUCUCCUGGGAUUGGAAGGACCCCUAUGAGGUGGGCCAUAGCAUGGCCUUCCGAGUGCAUUUAUUCUAUAAAAAUGGACAACCCUUCCCUGCUCACCGGCCUGUGGGGCUGCGAGUUCACAUCUGCCAUGUGGAGCUAGCAAUUGAUAUUCCUGUAACCCAGGAAGUUCUUCAGGAGCCUAAUUCCAAUGUGGUGAAAGUGGCCUUCACUGUGCGCAGGGCUGGGAGAUACGAGAUCACUGUAAAACUCGGUGGCUUGAAUGUGGCCUACAGCCCCUACUACAAGGUGUUCCAGCCAGGGAUGGUGGUUCCUUCCAAAACCAAAAUUGUCUGCCAUUUCUCCACUCUGGUGCUGACCUGUGGGCAGCAGCACACUCUGCAGAUAGUUCCCAGAGAUGAGUAUGACAAUCCCACCAGCAAUUCUGUGUCCCUGAUAGAUGAGCACAAUUACAGCCUCUCCAUCCAUGAGCUGGGUCCCCAAGAAGAAGAGAGCUCUGACGUUGUAUUUGAGAAGUCUGUAGUGUCCAAUCGGCAGACUUGUGAAGUGUUCUUCCGACUCACCUUGCACUCCAGGGGGUGUUUCCAUGCCUGCAUUUCCUACCAGAACCAGCCCAUAAGCAAUGGUGAUUUUGACAUCAUUGUUCUAAGUGAGAAUGAAAAGAACAUUGUAGAACGCAAUGUGUCCACCUCAGGUGUCAGUAUUUACUUUGAAGCCUACCUUUAUGAUGCUCCUAGUUAUACCAACACUCAGUGGCAACUUCCACCAGCGCACCUGAGCUCCUCCCAGCGCCGUCCUUCUACUGCAACUGAGGAUGAAGACGAAGAUUCUCCCUCUGACAGCCAAACCCUGGAGAAAGUGAAGAAACCUAAAAAAGUGUACUGCUAUGUGUCACCUAAGCAAUUCUCAGUGAAAGAAUUCUACCUGAAGAUCAUUCCAUGGCGCCUUUUCACCUUUAGAGUAUGUCCUGGCACAAAGUUUUCAUACCUUGGUCCUGACCCUGUGCACAAAUUACUGACACUGGUGGUGGAUGAUGGGAUCCAACCCCCUGUGGAGCUCAGCUGCAAGGAGAGGAACAUCUUGGCAGCCACUUUCAUUCGCUCUCUGCAUAAAAACAUAGGAGGCUCUGAGACCUUCCAGGACAAAGUGAACUUCUUUCAGCGAGAGCUACGUCAGGUACAUAUGAAAAGACCUCAUUCGAAGGUCACGCUGAAGGUCAGCCGUCACUGUCUGCUGGAGUCGUCUUUCAAAGCAACACGAAAUUUUUCUGUUUCUGACUGGAGCAAAAACUUUGAAGUGAUUUUUCAGGAUGAAGAAGCUCUGGACUGGGGAGGUCCACGCAGAGAGUGGUUUGAGCUCAUCUGUAAGGCGUUAUUUGAUACCACAAAUCAACUCUUUACCCGCUUUAGUGAUAACAACCAGGCCUUGGUGCAUCCAAAUCCAGGACGUCCCACAUAUUUACGACUCAAAGUGUACGAAUUUGCAGGCCGCCUAGUAGGAAAGUGUCUUUAUGAAUCAUCUCUGGGAGGUGCUUACAAACAACUGGUUCGAGCUCGCUUCACCCGAUCCUUCCUGGGUCAGAUCAUAGGACUUCGUAUGCAUUACAAGUAUUUUGAAACAGAUGACCCAGAAUUCUAUAAAUCCAAAGUUUGUUUCAUACUGAACAAUGAUGUGAGUGAAAUGGAUCUGGUCUUUGCUGAAGAGAAGUAUAGCAAAACAGGACAACUGGAGAAGGUGGUGGAACUGGUGACAGGAGGGGCUCAAGUACCAGUGACCAAUGAAAACAAAAUCUUGUAUCUAAAUCUGCUUGCGCAGUACAGGCUGGCUACUCAGGUUAGGGAGGAGGUGGAUCACUUCCUGAAAGGUCUUAACGAGUUAGUUCCUGAGAACCUCCUGGCUAUUUUUGAUGAGAAUGAGCUUGAGUUGCUUAUGUGCGGUACUGGAGAUAUCAGCGUCUGUGACUUCAAGGCACAUGCUGUAGUGGUUGGAGGAUCUUGGCACUUCCGUGAGAAGGUCAUGAGGUGGUUUUGGACUGUGGUCUCCAGUUUCACACAGGAAGAGCUGGCCAGGCUCUUGCAGUUCACAACUGGUUCCUCCCAGCUGCCCCCAGGAGGGUUUGCUGCACUCUGUCCAUCUUUCCAGAUCAUUGCGGCUCCAACUCACAGUACUUUGCCGACAGCCCACACUUGUUUCAACCAGCUGUGCCUCCCUACUUAUGACUCCUAUGAAGAAGUGCACAAGAUGUUGCAGCUAGCUAUCAGCGAGGGUUGUGAGGGCUUUGGCAUGCUGUGAUUUCCCCUUUUCAGGAGACUACUUAGCCUCCUGGCUCUUUGUGGCAAGACCCAGGUUCAAUCCUCUGCUUGUUCUCCUUUCCUUCACAUGGGCAAUGGAGGCAGAGCAAAGACUCCAUGUAAAGGAAUUUGUCAUCCAGAAGAUGUCACGUGGCCUUUCCGUAUCCCAAAUAUGUCAUCGAGAGCUCAUCUUUUCCCUUUUCCUCAUUCUCCCUUUGGUUCAAUGUGAAACAGCAAAAGGACUGUGGUGCAUUCAUCAAGGAGAUGUUGCACUUGAUUUCCCUGCACGCUGUACACCCAUCCUUCUGUGAGAAGAUGAAGUUCAUAAGCAGAAGUUACAGUGAGGUGCAGGAGAUCUGCUGAGCUGCUGUUAUCGUAGCUCUCUGGGAGGAACAGGGAAGACCAGCAUGGAGCUCUGCUGGAAACCUGGCUCACGGGAAGCCUUAGUAACUUUCCAGGUCUUGGCUCAAACUCCUCCAAAUGAUGCUCCCCGAUAGCUCAUCUACCCCUAUGACUCAUGAAGAGUAUAGGGUUGUCCAUCCUUUCAUCACCUGACCCAGAAGGGUUUCUGAUUCUCCUUUUCCAUCUUGCUCUGGAUGCUGCUGUUGCCUGUAUCACAGAGAAAAAUGGGCAGUAUCCAUGGGAGGGAGUAAUCCAGUGGGGAGAACAAUCUUAUCGGAGCACAAGUGCUGGCCCUGACAGUGAUCCUGUACUACCUCCGCCAGGGUCCAGCAGCAGAAGCGUCCUUCUCCAGCAGUGGCUGGUAAUGAGCCUCUGCAAAAUGAACUGGAAGAGGAGUUUCUCCUCCAUUGAAUGUUUCUGACAGUUGAUGUUGCACAGGAAGCUGUCCCACGCCCUUGCCUUCUUUUCCCUUCCUCAGGAGAGAAAGUAUGGGCAUGAGUGUGAUCCCUUAAUGCUGAGCACCAAUGUCUAUCCCACGUUCACCUUCAGGGUAUGUAUGUUAUGUAGUAACAGUGACAAGUCAGUAAGCAGCUACAGUGUGCUUGCGUUUGUUGUUGGGGUGAUGGUACUGGGCAGAACGUGGUAGCUCCACCCCGGCAUCCCACAGGGUCUUGGCUUCUACCUCUAUCAUGCAGCAGCCUGAGGCUUCUCUUUCUCUACUGCAUUUCAGGCAGAGUUUUCAGAGGGGUGCUGGUGCCUGGAGAGCAGCUGGCUUUCUGUCCUCCCAAUCUUCCUACCUUCUUUUUUCAGCUCUCCUUUCCUCCCGUUCCAUUCAGUGCUGCUGGCUUUCCAGCACUAAGUAUUAACUAGAACUUUGCUCAACAGCCUGCACUCACCAUGGUCUGACUUGUGGGGAGAGAAGUGGGCAGACCAGCAUGAGAAGUAAGCUUAUGAUUGGGGUAUGUUGUUCCUGGCAGUCCAUUCAGCCCUUCCCAGGGAAAUAAAGCAAAGGGGAACCUGGGAAUCUUGAUGAGUUCUUCAGUUAAUUAAAUUAAAGACCUUUAAGUUCUCAACAAUCCCUUAGACAGUUCAGGUCAGGAGUGAAAGGCACGCAGGAGUCGAGGUGUGAGAAACCUGCAUUGCUACUGUCUGUGGUGUAAGCUUUCACUGUAUUAUGGAAAUGCUGGAGUCUCAGACUGGCAUCCCUGAGCUAAUUUUAGAACACUGUAUUAGAUAAAAAGUCACAUCGUCCUCUUCAGCCCUGUUCUGCUGUCCUCAAGCUGAUCAGGUCAGACUUCUGCACAGUAUGGAUAUUUUAAGGUAAAGGUGUGUGCUUUUCCCUUAUAGCUUAGUUGAAUUGACUGGGAAUUUGGGGAAAACAUUCUAUUUCUAGAAAAUGUUUUCAAGGCAGCAUCUUAGCCAUUCUUGGGCUGAGUGUGUUACUUCUGUACAGAAAAAAAUAAGCCAUUUUGGUGCCAAAAAGCAGCCAGCUGAGCAUUGAGACUACUCAGGGGGAUUUCUUUGCCUUGUGAAUUCAUUCCCUUCCUGGCACUGAGAGGCUGCCAGCUUGAGAGUUGCCACUUGCGCUCUGACAGAUCAAUUUAGUAGUGGCUGUUCUCCCUUUUUUAGUACGGGCUCUGUUCUGCAAGGUCCUGACCUCCUUUGGGUGGAGAGUAUGGUACCAUUUUAUUUACACUGCUGGUGGCUUCUAUGGUCAGUAGAGUUACAGCUCCUGUGUUCUCCGUGCCACCACUUCACUGCUUUCUCCAGGGACCGAGAGGAGGUGGCGGUGCUCGGCUUAACUCCUGUUUUUUGGGAGGUGUAGCUUGGUGCUGUUCCCACGUUGCAGCCUUGUCUUGCAUCUCACCUGGUGAGGAUGUUUCCAGCCUUGUAGCUAUGGGCCAACUCUGCCAGUGACAUCUUCCUCAGGAAUCUUCUCCCUUCUUCUCUUGAGCUGGACUUUUUUAUUCUGAGGACAAAGUAGUUGGACAUUGGGCAGUCUUCCUCUGCUGGAAAGAGCUCCUACAUGCUUCUCAUUGCAUUGCAGCCAGCACCCCAUGCUUCCCAGCAGCUGUGCAGAUGCCAAGGACUUUCUUCUUAACACAAGUGCAGUCAGAACUGUGAUGGGUGCUCUUAGUCAACUAAACCUAUCCCCAUUGUUUCCACAGGCCCCUGGCUGGUCCCAUGUUUGAGAUCCAUCACAAUGUUUCUAAACUUGUCUCUAGCUUUAUACCUUUUCCCAGUGCAGUCACUUUUUAUGCUGCCCUUAACACUGGCAAUGGGGAUGUGCUUUGGUCACCUCUACUGUAUGUUACUUCUGGCAGAGGCUCGUUACUUUUCUUUUUACCCUUUAUUUAUUCCCACUUAAUAGAGGCCCUUCUGUAGAAAUCUUUAGGAUCCUGGUAUCAUCUCAAGACAGGUUCCGUGUUUCCUGAAGCUGCUUUGAGGUGCAGAGGGCCUCGCUUCACCCUGUACCUGCAGGCCAUGUUGCAUGUUUUUAGAAACCAGGAGCUGUGGAUGAUACAGGUGAAAUCCUUGUUCCCUCUGAUGAAUUUCUGGCAGAGUUCAGCCAAAAUUUGGAAGCCUGUGGUUGUAGUAGCUGAUUUUGUAAAUAGUUUGUAUAAUAAAUAAAAUAUUUUAAAAAUGCUGCUUUCUCAGCUUAGCCUUCUUUUGGGGCUGUACAGAGAGAAUCGA